AUGACUAAUUUAUCAGAUGAACAUUAUCUUCUUCAAUUAAAAUCAUUACCUAUCAAUGAUUUACAAAUGUUAUUAACUUAUUCAGGACAAUCACGAACAGGUAAACGUCAUGAAUUACUUGAAAGAUGUUUUUUAUUAAUUAAAUCUUCGAAAUUAAUACGAGAUAAACUCGAUGAAUUAUAUAAUAAACGUUUUGGUCAAGGUGAUUUACCAACAAUACCAUAUCCACCAGAUUUAAAAAAUACAGUAAAAUCAACACAUCAUCAUUUACCUAUACAUCAGCAACCAGCAAAUGUUGAUAUACAUUUUUUACCACUUACAUUUAAUGAAGAAUUAUAUGUUAUAUCACCACCAUAUCCAGUUCCACCUGUUAAACAUACAACCAAUGAAUCACAAAACUUACUUAAUUUUUACUUUUUAUUAUCAGCGCAGCAAGCAUCUGAUGUUGCAACAUCAACUUAUUUUAAUAGUGAUCAAUCAAAACUUGAAUUUCGAAAACAAAUUUUAUUAAGAUUUACAACUAUUGGUGAUGUAACAAAUAAUGGAAAAUAUGCACUUGAUAAAUUACCACCAAAUCUUUAUGUUUUUGUCAAUAAUAAAGUUGUUGCAUUACCUCAACCAAAACCUACAGCUAAACCAAAUUCUGAUGUUAUUCGACCAGGUCGACCAAUCGAUAUAACAGAAUAUUGUCGUUUAUGUCCAUUAAUAUCUAAUCUAGUUGAAAUAUCUUGGUUUACACAAGAUAGUUCAACUCCAUUGCCACCUUAUAUUGCUGCCGUUUACUUAACUGAACGUAAAACAGUUCAACAAUUAUUAGCACGAAUCUCACGUCCUGCAGCAAUUCGACCAUCUAUUGAAACACAACGUACUAUAGCUCAAACAUUAUCAGCACAACAAACUUCACAAGGCAUUGAUGAUGAUCUUGAAGUAGCAUCAACGUCACUUCGUUUACCACUUGAAUGUCCAGCAAUGCGUAUACGAAUGAGAAUGCCUGGACGAGCAACGACAUGUAAACAUGUUCAUUGUUUUGAUUUAGAAGGUUAUUUACGUAUGAAUGAAAAAAAGCCAACUUGGCUUUGUCCUGUAUGUAAUAAAGCAGCAUUAUAUACAGAUUUAUUUAUUGAUCAAUUUUUUAUUGAUAUUAUUUGUAAAUGUCCAUUGAAUGUAAAAGCAAUUGAAUAUGAAAUAAAUGGACAAUGGAAACCUAUUGAAGAAGAAAAACUUUCACGAAGAGCACAACGUGAAAAAGAAAUGUACAAAGCUGAAAAUAUAAAUAAUGGAAAAUCUGCAAAUGAUAUGGAUCAAUCAAUGGAUAAUGAUUUUGAUGAUGAACAACCACGUACAAAAUCAACGGAACAAGAAGUUUCACCACCGAUUCAAGAUAAUAUUCCUAUUAUAGAAUUAGAUGAUGAUUAA